GUCUGACUGACAUGGAGCCUAAACCAAAUGAUGGUAGUGGAGUAGCUAAGGCAACUGAUGGAGAAAAUUCGGCAGCAACUAAGAUCCCCAAGGAGUUCAUUUCGAGGAGUUCCAUUUCUUCAAAUCUCCAUAGCCAGGCAAUAUCAUAUGCUAAAUUAGCUGAGUCUCCAACAGUCAAAUCAGGAGUGUUAGAAGAUGUGGGGGAUGUGGAGAAACUUAAAGGUGGAGAUGGUCUUUUGGCCAUUCUGCCUGUGUCUGCUGAAACUGCUGGCCUUCUUCCAAAGCGCAAUGAUGAAGCAAAAGGUUCGGAUGUAGUGCUGGAAGCAAUACUGGAGGCAGAGGUAGCUCGCAAUGCUCAGCAAUUUUUUUCACAGCCUCAAAAUCAAAUACCAAAAGAGUGAGGAGGUAAAGCUUCCACUCCUUUCCCUUCAUCCCAAUCAAACUAGAUGCCUUGUUAAUGUAAAUAGAAAUCAGUCACAAACUAGAUUGUCUGGAAUCCAAUGCACAAAGUUACAGAGACUUAUUAACCUGUAAUUGUUGUUGUCUUCUUUC